GUCCCAGUGACGUCAGGCGGUCACAUGUCUUGCUGCAGUUGCCUCCCUCCUCCGGCCUCCGGAGCAUCAGUGCGGUCCAAGAUGGCGGCAGAGGUCGACCGGACUCGUGAUAGCCGGCACUGAGUGAGGGGCGAGAGGUCGGGCGUGUUGUCACACUCCGAGGGCGGCGGGACGAGGACAGAGCCGGGCGCCUAGGCGCCACACCGGCCGGGCAGAGGGAGAGAGGCCGGGGUGCCCUUGAGGAAAACGGAGGAGAGAAAGAGACGAGGACAAGGAGCAGAGGAGGAAGAGGUGGUCGUCUGGGGCCAUGUUCUCGGUACUAUCCUACGGCAGGUUGGUGGCCAGAGCGGUGCUCGGAGGACUGUCACAGACCGACUCCCGGGACUACAGCCUGGUGACCGCCAGCUGCGGCUUCGGAAAGGAUGCCAGGAAGGGGAUCCUCAAGAAGGGCAUGUGCUACGGGGACGACGCCUGCUUCAUCGCCCGCCACCGGACGGCGGAUGUCCUAGGUGUGGCGGAUGGAGUGGGUGGAUGGAGAGACUAUGGGGUUGACCCCUCUCAAUUUUCAGAGACUCUAAUGCGCACAUGUGAACGUUUGGUUAAAGAAGGACGGUUUGUGCCAACCAACCCAGUUGGAAUUCUCACUUCCAGUUACCGUGAACUGCUUCAGAACAAAGUACCUUUAUUAGGAAGCAGCACCGCUUGUCUAGUAAUUCUCGAUAGAACAAGUCAUCGAUUACACACAGCCAACUUAGGCGAUUCUGGGUUUCUAGUAGUACGAGCGGGAGAAGUUGUACAUCGGUCAGAUGAACAGCAACAUUACUUCAACACUCCAUUCCAGUUGUCAAUAGCACCGCCCGAAGCCGAAGGAGUAGUUCUUAGUGACAGCCCCGAUGCGGCAGACAGUAGUUCGUUUGAUGUCCAGCUCGGUGACAUUAUUCUUACAGCCACUGAUGGACUUUUUGAUAACAUGCCUGACUACAUGAUUCUUCAGGAGUUAAAAAAAUUAAAGAAUGCAAACUAUGAAAGUGUACAACAGACAGCCCGCAGCAUUGCAGAGCAAGCUCAUGAUUUAGCCUACGAUCCCAAUUACAUGUCACCAUUUGCACAAUUUGCAUGCGACUAUGGACUGAAUGUCCGAGGAGGAAAGCCAGAUGACAUCACUGUUCUUCUUUCAAUUGUCGCUGAAUAUACAGACUGAGAUUCCUGAAACAUCUACAAAUUUAGCCUUUUUUUGUAAUUAUUCCUGUACAAUGCUAGGACUAAUGAUGUGUUACACUGUAUCCUGCGGGCAGGACUGCAGUUUACUUUCAGCGUAUUUUUAUCAGCCAGUUCUGAAAGAAGUGAAAUGCUGUCCACAAAUGGAGACUGGGGUCUUCAUAGGAACCACUACUGUUUAAUGGUUUAGAUAUUGCUUACAGAAGGAACUUGCCUCAAAUGCUAUAAUCAGUUUCUAGUCCUAUACACAUGCAUGCUUUUGGGGGGGGUGUACGCACAUAAGCAAUAGUGUGUUUGCCAUGUGACCUGUGUGCUGUGCAGCAACAACACUGAGCCUUAUUUGUUCAUUAUUUAACACUGUAUUGCUCCAGGGCAACCCACUAGAUCCAAACGUACAUGAUGCAACUGACUUUUUCCAGUGCAAGUUUAUCUCCUGGACUCUGGCUAUGGGGGUAAUACAGA